CUUUUUAUGAUCCGCAAGGACCUAUCCAAAGCUCAGCUCUUCAAUAGCCACUUGUCAGUUGCAGAUCCAUCAACAAUGUAUUCCCUCUGGUCACUCCUAUUCCUAAGUUGUAUCCUUCAGUUCACUUGGGGCUGGGGAGACCUCGGUCAUCGAACGGUAGCUUAUUUAGCAGAGAAGUUCCUAAACGAGCAGGGAGUUCAGCUAGUGGAAGAUCUUAUUAUCCCGAAUGAGGAUUUCGAUAUUUCAGAUGCGGCAGUCUGGGCUGAUAAAAGGAAAUUUCAGUAUCCAUUUACUAGACCAUGGCAUUACAUAGAUGCCAAUGAUAAUCCGCCCGAUUCAUGUCGUCUUUCCUAUAAAGCAGAUUGCAAAACGCAUGGAUGUGUUAUAUCCGCUUUUGAAAAUAUGACACAUCAAGUUCAGGACCUUAGUCUAGAGAAGACGCAGCAAGGUGACGCGUUGAAAUUCUUAAUGCAUUUCAUUGGUGAUCUGCACCAACCGCUACAUAUCGAGGCAACGCUUCGAGGAGGCAACGAUCUCCCCGUUUGCUUUGACAAUCACUGCCCCAAGAAGAAGAACCUUCACAGUGUGUGGGAUACGGAUAUCCCACAUAAGAUCAACGGUCUGAAGGACACACCGAAGCACAACGAUAAAAAAGAGCCUGCUAUGAAAUGGGCCGAAAAGUUAUUCCAGUCUCACGGAUUGAGGCCCCUUCAGGCAGAAUGCUCUGACAUAAAAAGACCAUUAAAAUGCCCUAUGAUAUGGGCAAUUGAGUCAAACAGACUAAACUGUGAUUUCGUUUUUAAAAAUGGCGUUGAAUGGCUCGAAAAUAAUGACCUGGGUGGAAAGUAUUACAACGAAGCUGCUCCUAUUGUGGAAGCACAAAUUCUCAAAGCAGGAAUUCGCCUGGCCGUGUGGUUAAAUGCUUUGGCAGCUGACAGAGCUUCAUCAGGGGAGCGUUGUAAUGGUCAAUAUGGAAAGGCCAUCUUUGCAAGUGCGACAAUCUAA